CUAUUAAAAGUUUUGCACAAAUGAUUUUCACGAUUUACGCAUGCUUUUGCGCGGAUCUGUGGAGUUCGUUGUAUACAACUAUUCUUCCUUUGGGAAAACCUCAAGUUGCAAGUAAGAUUUAAAGUGGCACGUGGGAUUUAAUAAAAAAAUUAUUGAUAUUAUAAGGAUCAAAAUAGUAUUCUAGUGGAGUUGUAAUAAGUUUGAAUAAACGAUGAAUGUUGCUGAUGGAGUCGGAUAUUCACGAUCAGAAGUAUUCGUGCUCGUGGCCAGGGUAUCUUUUAUUGCGGCCGUUGGGUUUUUUAGUAUGAAAUGGAUUAUGAAUCAACUUGAUCCUACGAACAAUGCGAAGAAGAAAGCUAGAAAAAAGGCACAGGAACAAUUCCGAAAAUUGGCCAAAACUGAUAACUUAUUAUGGACAGUAGACAUGGACCAACUAACAGAUUAUGAAAUGAUGAUAGCUAAUCAUAUAGUGGAUCCUCAAGAUAUCAGAGUUUCAUGGGAAAAUAUCGCAGGCCUUGAACAUGUUAUUCAAGAACUUAAAGAAACUGUUAUAUUACCUAUACAAAGAAAAGAAUUAUUUGAAGAUUCUCAAUUAACUCAAGCACCAAAAGGAGUAUUGUUACACGGACCACCAGGUUGUGGUAAAACAAUGAUCGCUAAAGCAACAGCAAAGGAAACCAAAACAUGCUUUAUCAAUUUAGAUGUAAGCAUCUUAACUGAUAAGUGGUAUGGUGAAAGUCAAAAAUUAACUGCGGCCGUCUUCUCAUUGGCUGUGAAACUUCAACCAUGUAUCAUUUUUAUAGAUGAAAUAGAUUCGUUCUUAAGAGCACGUAAUUCACAAGAUCAUGAAGCAACUGCAAUGAUGAAAGCACAAUUCAUGUCUCUUUGGGAUGGAUUAAUCACUGAUCCUUCUUGCACAGUAAUAAUAAUGGGUGCUACCAACAGACCUCAAGACUUGGACCGAGCUAUCCUCAGGCGCAUGCCAGCUACUUUCCAUAUUGGUUUACCAAACGAGCAACAACGAAUGCAAGUGUUAGGGUUGAUAUUAGAGCAUGAGCCAAUAGCGGAAAAUGUGGAUAUUGCGAAAUUGGCGAAAAUGACCGAGGGUUUCUCUGGAUCGGAUUUGCAAGAACUUUGUAGAAAUGCAUCUGUUUAUCGCGUCCGAGAUUACUUACGGACUCAUACACAAGAUGCAAGCGCUGGUAUUGACGAUGAAGAAUACCAUGACGCUGUACGACCUAUUACAAUGGAAGAUCUUCUUACCUCGUAUAAAAAGAUGAAAACUUCUAAAAUACAUACGGGUACCCUUAGUACAGCCAAAUUAGAUCUAGAUUAAGAAAGGGUAUUUAUAACAUAUUACUUAACAGUCUUUUUUGGAAAACAAAAUUAGGAAAACAAACAAUUUUAUAAUAAUGUUAUAUAAUUUUAUUUUUUCAUGUAUUUAAAUUUUUUUGUUUAAUUGAAAGAAACUUUGUUUUUCUGGCGCUUUACAGGCUGGGUGUAAUCAUUAGAUAUACUCAUUUUAUUUAGGAUAAUCAGCAUCAAAUUGCUAUUGGUUAUUAUCAGUGUUCGAUAAAUUAGAUUUGUUGGAUAAACUGUUAGUUGCUGAUGAUCCGGUGUAUAGCUUAAGCUGAUAGCAUUUGGGGCUAAAGCUUACGAAUGGAUCUAUAACAUCACUGUAGAAAGCUACUAGAAUUUUUAGUUAGACAUCGUUACGUAGAAUCAUAAUUCGAUGUAUCUCGAACGGCAGAGAUAUAUCUUGUGGGUUCCUUGGAUCUCUAGAUACUACAAUUGAAAUUACAGAUAACACUCUAUUGUUCUAAUAUUAAAGAGGAUGUAUAUACUGUUCAAGUCAGGAGGUUACAUGCGUUGAAGUACAUACAUGGUUACUGUGGCUAUCGUCCGACUGCUACAAAAAUUUAACUCUCUUUGAAUUUUAUGCUGUCGAGGGUCAAUAGGGAAGUUAUUCAAACAGGGAAGCUCUCGAACAUGUUUAGAACAAGUGGAUGUGUACUUUGUAGGAAUUUGGCAAUUCGAUCCCGUAGAGUUUCACUCUUUUGUGGCUCUAUUCGGAAUGUAGUAUUUUGAUCUCAGACCUUCGUUCGGAACUUCACUUCGAAUGAAUCCGACUAAUCACCGUGAUUAUCCUUUUUAUACCAAAAAUCAGUCAAGAGAAAGGUAGUAGGGAUGAAAGUGAAGCCGUACACCGUGGAAGAUACUUGACAGUAAAGAUUUUCGCUCAGCGACUUUAUCCCGGUUCCCAGAAUGCACUCAAAUCUAAAGUGCCUGAACUUUGAAUAAGAGAAAGAAUUUGGCGAAUACAACAAUACCAACAGCAUACGAAACAUUGAUACGAAGCGACGAACUUGGUGUAAAUGGAUAUAGAAGAAUUUUACUUUUUGCGAGGUAAAGGAUUUUGUAUCACAUGUAUAUGAAUACGAAUGUGUAUUUGUGUAUAAAUAUAAAAUCGUACCGUGUAGUUACGAACAGAAGAAAAUUUUUGUAACAACUGAUAUUAGUAACGUUUAACAUUAUUUAUAGUAUUAAUGAAAGUCUGCAAAAGCUAAUGGUUUUGUUUCUUCUUUUUUUUAAUCUAAUUUGAUGAGCUUGAUUCAAAUCAAACAAAAUCUUCCAGUAUUUAUGUUUUGUCGCUAUUAACUUAUCGCAUCGCUGAUUAAAUAUGUUUUACACUGGAAGCUUCGGACCGCUUAUAUUUUUUUUUUCCAAAAGUUACCUCUGUAUGAGUGCGUGCGAGUGUAUUAUGCAUUUUAAAAGAUCACCUCAUAAAAAGCAUUCGAUAUAUAUCUUACUGUUGUAUAAAUUUUAUCGUGUUAUUGUUACAUCUGUACGUACAAUUUCUGAAUUUUCUGUGUAGAUAAAUUUCAAAUGAUAUUGCUAAUUGCGUCCUUGUAACUGAUACGAAAAAAAAAAAAAAAAAAAUGUAAAAGUACAAUACACUGACUUGUGUAAAAUAAUUGAUAGUUUGUAUGAUGCGUACUUAAAAAAUUUCAAAAAGUACAGCUUGAUUUGUUAGUUAAAAUUAAGUCGAUUGUAUAUACCUAGUAAUACGUUAAAUCAACUAACAUAUUUUAAGGACUACAUUAUGAAUUUUAAAAUAAUGUGUGUGGGUUGUACAUUAUUACAUGUACAUAUAUGAUGAAAAAUGUAUAAAUUCUGAUAAAAAAUCAUUGCGUUACGAAUUCAACAACGUUAAAUGCAAGAAAUUAAGUACUUCAGAAGGUAUAAGAUAUUUGACUUAUCCUUCUAUUAGGAAAUCAAGAAUUUGAAUGAAACGUGUAAUCUGGUUAAUAAACAAGUAUAGAAAGUAAGAA